GAUUUGAAUGGUUCGUAAAUUUGGUAGAAUGUGUUGUCUUGAAAGCUUUAAUUUCUCGAAGUUUCCAUUACAUUUGAGUGGCUAGAUUUCUGUUCUUCUAUUGCUCGUGAAAUUCAGGGAUCUGUAUUUCUGCUAUUUGGAUUUGUUUGUUAUUAUUUCUCCGAAUUUUCAAAUCUGUCUGGAUUUGAAAUCAUUGAUUCAAUGAACUUCCAGCAUCAGCUAUAUGCGCUGAGAUGAAAUUUUUUUCUCUGAUCAUCUCGUUCUCUGAAGCUAUCACAAUGUUUUUUGUUUGAAAGCCCUGUCUUUUAUCGAUUAUGCCCUAUCCCUUUUGGGAGACCAACUGUCUCACGAUUUAUUUGCUUGAAAGCCUCUACUUUUAUCGAUUAUGCAUUUCUCGUUUGGAAAACAAACCGUCUUACGGUUUCUUUGCGCCGGUCAAGUCAGCCAACUUUUGUGUUCUCUUCCAAUCCCGUCCUCAUGUUUUAGUUGAGUAAGGCUUGUAACCCAUAAGCUGCCACUGUGAUUAAAAACAUUGUCUACAUGUAGGUACAUUCAAUAGGUUCCAGACUUUCUCAUUAGAGUUACAUGGCCAGCGACUUUCAUAAAACUAUAAAUCCUCGCCUCCAUCGAAUAUGAACUAUGUUCAUGUGCCAAAAGGUUGUAGGAUAUUCUGAAUCAAUCUUUUGGAUAUAUUCCAUGUUAGAGUUUUUAGACAACUGUAGCACCGUCAUUGGAACAAUUUUCUUUUAGAGGAACCUAUUUUCAAGAUGACUGUCGAUUGAUGACUCCGUUCUAUUCGAGUGUAGAUAAGGUAUUCGGUUUUAACAGCUAUGUUAGAAUGGACAUCUGACAUUGCCUCUAAAUGUAAAGAGACUCUUCUCUAUUGUUUUAAGUGCCUCUCUCUUAUAUUAAUGCCGCCUCCUACCAGCCAAGCUAUUGAAGUUGUUGGAAGUUGAAAUCAACCUCCCAUCUUUCUAUCAAUACUUGAAAGUUAAGUUAUAUCCAUAAAGUUUACACUUUAAUCCUCUCGCUAUAGGAUUUCUAUGUUGCAUUAUAGAACUCGUAUAUCCCCCGUCUUUUCUCGUUAACCGUAAAUUAUUAAUUGCUCUCUUCUUCCUCGGUCCAUAACUUGAUCCUCGUCCCUCUUUCAAAUUCAAUUCGUCAUGGCUAACAAUCCUCUAAGCAUUUCUUCUCCCUAAUGCUCAUUGAUUCUUUUAGCACAUAGGACAUGCAAACCCUUACUAGACUCCCCUAAUUCACACUUCCUCAGAGGAUUGAACCGUUAAUUAACUCUUCCGCCCAAGUCACCACUUUUGGAGGGUUAGUCUAGAUCUUUUAAAGUUUUAUAUAAAUGUUUCCCAUCGGAAAAUCCAUCUCGUCAACAAAAUAUGUGAGGCUUAUGCCCUUAACCGGAGGAAUUGGUGCUAUCUUGCAAUCAUGGUUGCACUACCUCGUAAGGAAAGAAGUUGCGGAAAAUCAUCAAUUCUUAAUCGACCUUGCUCUAGUCAAUCAAUUCAUCUUAUUCUAAUCAACCUCGCUAUAAUCAAUCAAAUGGAGCUUUGUAGCCCUCUUUGUCGACCAUGCGACUCUCAAAUUGGGAAGUUUUAUGAAAAAACUAAUCAUAUUCAUUCUUUGAGGAAUAUCACACAACUCAAAUUAAUAGCUUCCGUCUCAUCUAGAAUUUUAGAACAAGAAAUUGGAGACAUUCUCAAGAUUUUCAGUUGAAAGAUAAAGAGUUACUCGUCAAGUAGACUUGUUAGACAGUCAUAACUUGGCCUCAAUUCCAAAUCUCUGUUACAAUCAUCCUUGAAAUGUAAGAGGUAUUGCUCGUCCUAGCAUUGCUACCCAUAUUUGUAACCUAAUUGCCUAUGAUAAUCUCUGUACCGAUAUUUUACCCAUAUUAAGCAGGGUUGUACUUUCGAUUAUCACACUCUCACCAUCCUUUAAGAUCUUUGCCUUCCCCUACAUCUAGACAUGGACACAGCCCAGGCGAAAUGGGCAGCCUGACACGAACUGCCAACCGCAAAGUGGGCCUUGGGAGGUUCACUAUUAUUUAGAAUAAAAUGCGGCAACCUGACACUUAGACCUUAGUGUCGUGCUAGACGACUAGACCAGCCUUUUUAUAUCUGAUUUUGAAAAAAAAACUGAACUUUUGUUUUUGCUUGCGGCACAAUACGUGUGCUUGUUUGAAGAUGUACGACACACACGUCCUGUCACUGUUUGCAGCCGGCAAAACAUGACACACAAAUCACGUGGUUUGCUUUGGCACGACCCAUAAGUAUAGCUCGAAUCUCUGUCUACUUGCAUCUCGACGGACUGAUAACCACUUGUUGUUUUGGGAGGUAUAGUGCCUUUAUGGAACUCAUUAAGUGUUUUGAUAUUUAGUUGUAUUGAUGUUAUAAUUCACAAAAAAUUACUACUUGAGGUUACUUUUUAAGAUUUAUCGUCGCAAGUUCUUCCUUUUGACCAAUUAGUAAGGAAUGCAAGAUAUCCCUCAAUGGUAACUCACAUUGAAAACCGAAAUACGACAAAUUGAAUGGGACGGAGAAGUAAAAUUUACUAGGUUUAGACUUGAUUUGAAUGUUUUUAACCUCAAAACAUUAAUUUUGUUCUUAGAUUGAUCUCUAGGCACACUUGGUUUCGUAUCCCACCCCGUUGAUUUGUUGAUUUGUGCUAUGAUGUUAUAACGUAAUUUAUAUUAUCUGAAAAUGUAACCUCUUAUAACUCGUUCGAACGUUUACUAUGCAUCAACAUGCAUCUAAAUAAAUAUGGAUUGAAUGCGAUGUAUUUUUUUUAUUCAUCUAAUUUUCAUUUUUACGGCAAAAAGUCGUAUGGUCCUUAGGGUUUGCAUGAAAGAAGUAAAAAGUAGAAAUAACGAUUAAAAUUAUCACUGGUUUAAAUGAGUUAAGUUUUAUAUAUUGAUAAUUCUUUGUAGUUGAAAAAAGUGUCAAUUAAUGCUCAAUUUAUGUAAUGCUAAUAAUUUUGAAAAUGUUUCUUCAUCAUCUAAGUUCUAUUGAUAGCUUAUUAUCAAUUUAAUGAAACUUAAAUGCUUCAAUUUUCAUUAUUUAUGCUGUGUUUUAUAAGUUGUGAUAAUUUUAUUUCAAUUUAAUGAAACUUAAAUGUAUAAUGUAAUCAAUUUUUUUUAUUACAAUUCAUUGGAUUUGAAUUUGAUUAAAGUUCUUUUAAUUUAUAUUAAAACAUCAAGAAUUAUUCUACCAUGUUACUCAUUCUAACAAUCAUUGCUUUUUAGUUUAAGAUUAGUAGAAAUGUAAUUUAGGUUGAAGGAUAGAUAAGAAAAUAAGUUUAUGAUAGGUAUGAUCAAUCAAUUAAAAUGAAAAGAUAAUAACUAAUGACAUUAAAAGGCGAGUGAAAUUAUUGCCAAAAAGGAAAUGAAUGUAAAAGUAGGAAAUUGGGAGGGACAAAGGACAUAUCAUUUAUCAAUUAUGAUAGUUUAGUUACAUUUCGUAAAAGUUAUAUUCAUCAUCUGCCCACUAUUUAUGAAGAGUGACAUUGUUUGUAAUCAUUUACAUAUGCUUUUUCUGUUCCAUUGAAAUAAACCAUUCAACUCAAAAAAUUCACAUAUUUGAAUUAAAUAGUAUUAUUUUAGCAGGGCAUAAAGAGUACUACCCAUCAAAUUCAUGUACUUAUAAACCCCAACUAAAAUAAUUGUGGAAAAGCCGCAAAUUUUGUAUUGAAUGUCAUCUCACAAAGCAAAAAUUUACUAGCGAUUUUUGUGAAAGACCUCUUAGUAAAACGACCUCAAAACAAAAGAAAUUAUAUGAUUAUUAUAUUAAUUUGACUAUUCAACCUAUGUCUCAAAAACAUCUCACGGCGAGCCAUCUCACACAAAAAUAACUAUUUUUUAAUCCAUCUCAUCAAAUCUACCACACACAUUCUUCCGUUUAAUUCUCAAAUACACAUUAAAUUGAUUUAUCUUUUUCUUUUAUUCGUACAUUUCUUCUACUUUAUAAUAAAAUAUCACCAACUUUUUUUUUUAUUACUCUAUGAGCAAGUUGGUGUGACAAAAAGAGUACUAGCUAAAGGGACGCAAUCAAGAACUUAUUUCUUUCAAUCACUAGCUUGUAUAUAUUAUUGAUACCUUCCACUUUCUUCCUCCUUACACCUCCUUUCUAGUGUCUAAAAUACUGUUCUAAUCCAAGCUUGUUACCAAUUCUAAUGGCCUACAAGGUAAGAGUAGACAACAGAACAGUGACAGCAACAGUAGUUAAAACCAUACAAGAGCUUGAUACAAGCUUAAGAAAGCUACUAUCAAACAUCAGAAACAACAAAAACAGAGAUCUUAAACAUAUAAUUGGAAUUGACAUACAAAAACACUUUAAAAAUAUGGGUGUUCCUCAAGUAAAUGAAAAAGUUGCUGUCAUAAGCCUGUGUUUUAGCACCCAUUGCCUGAUCAUCCAACUACUUCACAUGGGUAAACCUCCAUGUUCACUUUCAGAGUUCAUGCAACUUCAAGAUGUGUCCUUUGUGGGUGUUGGAAUCAAUCAUAUAAUGGAAUCAUUAAGCAGAGAUUAUAGGGUUAAGUGUGGGAAUUCUGUUGAUUUGGGUCAGUUGGCUGCUGCUGUUAAGAACACACAAGUGUUUAAAUCAUAUAAUCUGGUGGGUUUGGCUGAUAAAGUGUUGUUUUUAGAUGGGAACAAGAAAAAAUAUGAUGCUGAAGGUUGAAUGAAGAUAGCUACCUAUCUUAUAUAGGAGUAGCACUCUGCGUGAAAGGCUUUGAUAGCCUAAAGUUUUCCACCUUUCACAAAGUAGAUAAAUAUUUUUUUUAAUUCGUAUGGUGAUCUAUAACUUUUACUAUCAAGUGGAAAGUUAGAAACUUAAAAUCAUCAUGCGGAUAAAAAAAGUUUGUGUACUACGUGGAAAACAAAAUUAAUGAAAAUUUUUAGGAAAAAUUAUAUAGAACAAUCCAAUCUUUUCAUGAUUUUCCUAAACUAAUCUCACUUAUUGAUUAACCAUGAAUAAUCUCUAUUUUAAAGGGUAAUCCUAGAAUAAACUUGAGUAACCCAAUGACCUGCUAUAGAAGACUAGAAGGUAUUCACCAAAAAAAAUAAAUUAAAAAUUAAUGUAAAUUAAAGAAAAAAUUUUGAAAAUUUACAUAAAAAAUCCCAAAUAAUAAAAACAAAUUAGAAUUUUUCUACAUUUCUUUUGACAUUUUAUUUUAAUUUAUAUUUUUUAAAAAAAAAUUCAAUAGUAAGUCAUCAGGUAACGGAUUUA